UGAUCAGUGUCAGAACCGAGCGUAGUAGAGGUGGUGAAUGAAGUAUUAGCGAUUUCAUUUUGCUUUGAAAAAAAUCUUAUCAAGGUUUCGUCUCAAAUAUUUUAUAUAUAUAUAUAUUAAAGAAGGACUCUUGCCGAAAGGAAAUUCCAGAAUGUUCGAAGAAGCGAGCGAAGUGUUUGACAAUAUGUUCAAGGGCUCUUUCCCAUUGACUUUCAUAGUCUUUAUCCCGGCGGUGUUGAUACUGGUCUCCCCGCUGCCCAUAGAAGCUGCCCAUGAGUUUACUGUGUACCGAAUGCAACAGUAUGACUUGCAGGGACAGGCCUAUGGUACAAGGAAUGCCAUGCUGAACACUGAGGCUCGAACAAUUGAAGCAGAUGUACUGAGCCGCCGGUGUAUAAUAAUGAGGCUAGCAGAGUUUUCCUUUGAAAAGUUUCAGGAAGCCAUACGACAGAGUGCAGGGGCAAUUGUGAUAAUUCUACCCCAAAACAUGUCGACAAUGCCUCAGGAUGUCAUUCAGCAAUUCAUGGAGAUUGAGCCAGAGCUGUUGGCAACUGAGACAAUUGUGCCAGUGUAUUUUGCUUUGGAGGAUGAUGAACUCUUGUCAAUACACGAACAAACAAAUUCAGCUUCUGUCUCUCAAGGCACCGCUUCAGCUGCAGAAGUCCUUUUGCACACAGCCACAGCCAAUGGCUUCCAGAUGGUUACAAGUGGGACCCAAAGCAAACCCAUUAGUGAUUGGUCAAUAACCAGCCUUGAGGGCAGAUUGACUGGCCUGGGUGGAGAAGAUCUUCCCACCAUUGUAAUUGUAGCACACUAUGACUCCUUUGGAGUGGCUCCUUGGCUGGCUUACGGUGCUGAUUCAAAUGGUAGUGGUGUAGCAGCUUUACUAGAACUGGCUCGACUAUUUUCCAAACUCUAUACUUACAAGAGGACACAUGCUGGAUAUAAUAUCCUGUUCUAUGUAUCCGGGGGAGGCAAAUUUAAUUACCAGGGCACAAAACGGUGGCUGGAGGACAACCUGGAUCACACAGAUUCCAGCCUCCUUCAGGAUAACGUUGCAUUCGUUUUGUGCCUCGAUACGUUAGGCAAUGGUGAUAGUCUUUACCUUCAUGUCUCAAAGCCACCGAAGGAAGCCACUCCACAGCACACCUUCCUGAAAGAGCUUGAAACAGUGACCUCCAGGUUUCCAGAAGUGAAAUUCUCCAUGAUCCAUAAAAAAAUCAACUUGGCCGAAGACAUGUUGGCCUGGGAGCAUGAACGAUUCGGAAUUCGUCGGUUACCAGCAUUCACCGUAUCCCGCCUAGAAAGCCAUAAAAACAGCCUUCGGACCAGUGUUAUGGACAUGAGGUCCCAGAUUAGUAUUCAGAAAUUAUGUCGCAAUACCAAAAUAAUUGCUGAGGCACUGGCAAGAGUCAUUUACAACCUAACAGAGAAGGGUGCCCCAGAGGAUCUUCAAAUCUUCACUGAGCAAAUGCAACUACAGGAGGACCAGCUAUCGUCCGUACUUGACUGGCUAACAGCUCAGCCAAGGGCAGCGCAGCUCGUUGAUAAGGACAGCACCCUGAUCUCCACAAUGGAGUAUUACAUGAGUCGAUACUUGAAAGAUGUCAAACGCCAUCAUGUGAAGGCAGAUAAAAGGGAUCCAGAAUUUCUCUUCUAUGAUCAGCUGAAACAGACCAUGAAUGCGUACAGAGUGAAACCUGCCAUCUUUGAUCUGUUGUUGGCGUUGUGUAUAGCAGCAUAUCUAGGAGUUACUUAUUUUAUUGCUCAGAAUUUUGGUUUCAUUUAUAACACAGUACGGAGGAUAACACUGAAGCCAAAGCAGCACUAAUGUUCAAAGUCCUCUGCUCUUGGUACUUUCAAAUCAUAAAAGGAUUCUUCCAAUACAACCGCCUUAUCUCGUGGUAUGGCUGGAUCUGAUCUACAGCACUGAGCCAAAUCUUUGUGAUUAUGCAGCAUCAGCAACUUCCUAAGGGUUGGAAGAUGUUCUGUAAAUAAUGGCACUAUUGCUAUUUCACUGCUACAACCACACACAAAAACUAUUUUAUUUUAACCUAAAUACAAUCCACGUGAAGCACUACCCAAAACCUGGUCACCUGUCCUCCAUUGGAGAAUUUGUAUAUUAAGAAUCCCCAAUAUAAUGUUAAUCCAGGUUUGAAUGCAUGAAUAUAUGUUUGCUGGUUGUAAUUUGUUUAAUUCUGUUAGCUGUAAGGGUCCUGAUAAAAUAAAUGAGUGAUGAACAAAGGAUAGCCUAUGAUUCAGCACCAAUUACUUUCAAAGUAACCACGUAGACAAUUGUCUGAGUAAUUUCUCCAGCUGUGAUCAUGAGCCUUUUGCAUCAUGGGGCCGUAUGUGUGAAAGUAUGUGCAGGUCAUUCUGCUAUAAUGUACGUUUCAUUAACACAAAUUCUCAAUAACAUAAUUGAUGAAUUGAGGACAUUGUUUCUAAAGUGUGAAGUUUUAAAGCAUGUAUUGUUUAUGAUGCGAUUCCAGCCCCAUUAGUUUAAAUGCUGCUGCUAUUACGCAAUUUUCUUAACACAAGAUUACACGAGAACGGAACUACCGCGGUAUAGCAGAACUGACUGUAUAAUGGUCAAAUCACGUACCAUUUAAUUUCACCAUAGCCUUCGUUGCUGAUCGAACAGAUCUGUGUUUUAAUUUAGGAUGAAAAGCAGCCUUUUCAAAAUGCUUAAACCCUGAACACUGAAACUUGAUAAACCAAUGAAGAAGACCUCAGUGGCUUAGGUUUGGCAGUUCUCGGUGACUGUCCAUGGGUUUGGCUUAGUUGGCUGGACAGCCAGUUUGCAAUGCAGAGUGACAUCAACAUCAUAAGUUCAAUUCCUACACCAACUGAUGUUACUGUGAAGGAUUCUCCUUCUCAAACUGUUGCCUUGCCUAAGGUAUGGUGACCCUUGCAUUAAACUACCACCAGUUGUGUCUCCCUCUAGUUCCAGUGGGACUAUAGUAACUUUAAUCGGCUCCAUGGGCUGCAUUUGGGCUUCCCUGCAGUCCUGGGGUGGACUGGGGAGAUGGAUACAGGAAUGAAGAAAUCGUUUACUCUUCUGAAAUCAAAAUUAGAGGCUGAUCUUGGAUACAAUUAAGGAAACUUUAUUCUGUGUCCCUUUAUGGUGUACCUAAUCUAAAUUUCCCACUGGCUAGCCAAAAUAGAAGUUGCUCCAUUUCCUGACAUGCAGGUCACUGACUUUCAGCAGGUAACAGAAACAGGGUUUCGUCCUUUGAGUGUUAUAAGCUAGUCCCUUUCUGUAGUAAACAAAAUAAAGAUCUCUCUCUCUCUCUCUCUCUCUCUCUCUCUCUCUCCCCCUCCCUCCCUCCCUGACCUAUUGAGUUUCUGAAAUAUAAAUGGAAGCACUUAGCUUGUCUAUGGAGAAAGGAACUGAAUUGAUGUUAAACUUCAGUUAGACCCUUAGUUGUUCAUUCUGCAUUACCCAGGUAGUAAAGCUGGAACCUCAGAUACAUGUGUCUAUUUGCUUGACCAUCAUGACAGCUCGUUCACUUAAAGUAGUUGAGGUUGAAGGCACUACCCUCACUGUCAUCCAAAUCAGUGAGCCUUUAAACCUAACUUUCAACCUAAAAAUCAAAACCACAAACAUAUUUUCUUGCCUUUCAACCCAAAAGAAAUGGCAGCUUCUACCCAGUAUUGCAAUGUACACUGUCAUUCCUCGUCAUGUUCUGUGGCAUUUUCAGAACCUUAAAUAUUUUCUUUUGAAACUCAUUGAAAAUGUUUUAUUCCAUUUUUAAUUGCUGCCUCUUGGCCUGAAUUUUUAUUUAUGUCUGAACUGGAUAUUUGUUGAAAAUCAUUGUUAAUGGGUGUUUUUUUUUUCCUGAUAUGUAUUGAAAUGGAUUAUGGGAUAACAAUGGAGCUGUAUCGAACACUGACCUCCUUCAUGCCUGUUCUGUUCUGCAGGAAGGAAAACUAAUAAAAUUGCAGGAAAAGA